CUGUAGCAGCUGCAUCCUCUGAGCUCUCUCUUUGUGUGUGUGUGAGCGAGAUAGAGAGAGUGACAGAGAGACAGAGAGAGAGAGAGAGUGAUGUAGAGGAAGAGGAAUGUAGGGCAACCCUCUCUCUCUGCCAUCUCUCCGUGCCCCCGCCUCUGUCUGUCUUUGUGUCUGCGCUGCGCUGCCGUCGCUACGGCGUCGCUAAGGAGGGCGACGGACAUCGUUGCCACGGCCGCACUUCCGUGUUUUCAUCCGAGGCUUACUCUUUGUCCGAGCUCAAGGAUUCGUACAGAAGGGGCUAUGUGACGUCCCCCCCACCCCUCCCGCAGGAGCCAUUGUCUCAACGCGAGCGCGUGUGUGUGUGUGUGUGUGAUUGUGUGAGUGUGUGUGGGCAUUUCAAUGUGGGUCUGUGCGGUGUGUACUCUGGAGUGAAACGGCCUUCGGGAUCCAGCCAUGAAUUCCUGUUGGAAGAUGAAGCUUCAGAACGAGAAGCCUAUUUGUCAUUCGGCAAGUCGGUCCAGCAAUAUCUCUAAGGCGGGCAGCCCCACCUCGGUGAACGCACCAUGCAGCUUCUCCAGGACGUCCGUCACUCCGUCCAACCAGGACAUCUGCAGGAUCUGCCACUGCGAGGGCGACGAGGAGAGCCCCCUGAUCACGCCGUGCCACUGCACCGGCAGCCUGCGCUACGUCCACCAGUCCUGCCUGCAGCAGUGGAUCAAGAGCUCCGACACCCGCUGCUGUGAGCUCUGCAAGUAUGAGUUCAUCAUGGAGACCAAGCUCAAGCCCCUGCGCAAGUGGGAGAAGCUGCAGAUGACGGCCAGUGAGCGCAGGAAGAUCAUGUGCUCGGUGACGUUCCACGUCAUCGCCAUCACCUGCGUGGUGUGGUCCCUCUACGUCCUCAUCGACCGCACUGCCGAGGAGAUCAAACAAGCGGGAAGAAUCCCAGGGAUCCUUGAAUGGCCGUUCUGGACCAAGCUGGUGGUGGUGGCCAUCGGCUUCACGGGGGGCCUGGUGUUCAUGUACGUGCAGUGUAAGGUCUACAUCCAGCUGUGGAGGAGACUCAAGGCGUACAACAGGGUCAUAUACGUCCAGAACCGCCCCGACACCUGCAAAAAGCUGGCUCUGGAGAAGCCUCCUCUGAUGGAGCCCAGUCUGGAGAACAAGGAGGCUCUGGCCCCGGCCCUGUCGGACACAAACUCAUCCCAGUACACAGAGACAGAGGAGUACAGCAUGGAGGUGCUCCACGUCUGAGCUCCCUGCCUGCCCGCCCCCCCCCCUCUUUCCCACCUCGCACACAAGGCAGUAUGGCACAAUGUUCAUGUACACAAAACAGUCCGCCGUUGAUGUCGGUGGAUGGAUGAACUCUGCUGCGGGGAACACCAUCCGUCCCCUUGAUGACCAAGGUGAUUUUUUUUUGUCUGAAAGUACCCUCCUAAACACCCCUGUCAUGUGACAGGGGGGGGGGGGGCGGGGUCUGACAAGUACAGGACCAGCGCCGACCCCUUACUCGUCUUGAACCGACAUCCGUCCAGUUUCCCGCUUUCGGAGCCCUGUUUCAGGUCUGCUUGCGGGCUCCUCAGUGUUUCCCCAGGAACAAAGUGUCUCCAUCGACAAUCUAAAGAGGCCUGGACGAUGCCACCCUACCCACUUUCACCAAGACGCACAAAACGUCCAAACACGCGUACACGAACCGUUAGGAAAGACGUACCGAGAACCGCGGCCUCUCGAUUAUCUCUAAAUGUUUCCGUUGCGUGGUUUUGAUUUUACUGCGCCGACGGGUUUGGAUAUUUUAAUUGUUUUACCUGCGGCCAGUGUCAGGCACAACUAACCGUGGAGCCGUGAGUGUCCCAUGACCGGAUGUUUUCCGGAACAUUCCAGGUUUCCCGGGCUACCAUACACACACCAACAAGUCCGCAAAAUUUUACGACCGUAUAGGUCGUUUGUACUGCCACGGAUUACGACCCACUGGAGCGUAUCAAGCGCCUCUACAGGUCGCGGGAGGUAUGCCUAUAUGACCAACAGGGCAUUUGGUGAAAUUGUUACGUAGCCAUAUUAAUCGUUAUUAUCUGAAUGGGAAAUGCAAUAUUUUAGGACAGAUACACCAUUAAACGUGUUUCUAAUGACAUUUCUAGCGAGAAAUGUACAUUUUCCUUGCAUAAUCUUCACUCAGUGAAUGUGUAUGAUCUUUAUUAAUCUUUAUUAUCUGAAUGGGAAAUGCAAUAUUUUAGGAUCGAUUCACCGUUAAACGUGUUUCUAAGAACAUUUCUAGCGAGAAAUAUACUUUUUACUUGCAUAAUCUUCAGUCAGUGAUUGUGUCUGAUCUUUAGUUUUAUAGUUAUUAGGAAGAUUUAAUCGGCUCGCUCGCAUGUUUCAACGACGUCAGGUUGCGAGGGACGCUGCUUUCGCUACUCGCAGCUCACGUGUUUCCUGUGUUUGUGUUAUUAAACCAUUACUUUAUGUAACUUUUAAUGAUAUUGUAAUAACCACAGGCGAGGUAUUGAGCGAAGUAAGCUUGAUAGCAGGUUUAUUGGAUUCCACAAUCGGACAGGCAGGCACAGCUCCACCGGAAAACUACAACAACCAAAACUCCCGCCCGGAGGGAAACCCCCGGAACCCCCUCUCAGAAGGCCCGCCCCUUCCUCCCAAACCCUGUGACGUGAAACACGUUUAUCUGAGAGCCAACCCAGUCGCAUUUCAACAUGAAAUAGCGUGUUAGCACACACACACACACACACACACACACACACACACACACACACACACACACACACACACACACACACACACACACACACACACACACACACAC